AUGAUCCCGAAUGAUAAAGGUGUGCUGGAUUUAGUCUGCAUGAUUCCAUGGCAAACACACCUUGGGGGAAAUCAAACCAGCAUUACAGAAUUCAUUCUCUUGGGGUUCGGGACUGGCCGAGAGGUCCAUAUUCCUCUCCUGUUGCUGUUUUUUGUGAUCUACAUAGCAACCAUCAGUGGAAACAUCCUCAUUGUUGUUCUCGUUGUGUUUGAUCAGCAGCUUCACACUCCAAUGUACUUCUUCCUGGGCAACCUAUCAUGCUUGGAGACCUUCUACAGCUCAGCCAUCCUUCCCAGGGUAUUGCAUAGUCUUUUGACAGGGGACAGGUCUAUUUCAUUCACAAGUUGCAUUGCCCAGUUCUAUUUCUUUGGCAUUCUUGUCACAACAGAGUGCUUCCUGCUAGCUGCCAUGUCCAUCGACCGCUAUUUAGCCAUAUGCAAGCCACUACACUACGCUGCUGUCAUGAGCAACAAGCGAUGUGCUCAGCUAGCUGCUGGUUCCUGGAUGGGUGGCUGGCUGUCUAUCUCUAUUACAACCUCUUUUGUGUCCCAGCUUCUUUUUUGUGGUGCUAAUGAGAUGGACCACUUCUUUUGUGAUUUUGCCCCACUGCUCACUCUUUCCUGUAGUGACACCAGGGUCGUAGACCUCGUCGGUUUUAUAUUGUCAUCUAUAUGUGCUUUUCCACCUUUCUUCUUGACUUUGGCAACCUAUGUUUGCAUCAUCACCUGUAUCCUGAAAAUCCCAUCCACCUCUGGAAGGCAGAAGGUUUUCUCUACCUGCUCCUCUCACCUCCUAGUAGUGAUCAUUUUUUAUGGGACUCUGAUCAUUGUCUAUGUCUUACCAAACUCCAGUACCUUGAGAAGUCUAAACAAGGUGUUUUCUGUUCUGUAUACCAUACUGACUCCUCUUGCUAACCCGCUUAUAUACAGCCUAAGAAACAAAGAAGUUAAGGAAGCGAUGAAGAAAGGGGCCAGGAAACUUUACAAAAAUGUGUCUGCUCUGCAGCCAGAUUCAAAAUGA